AUGAGUGGCCACGACAUACCCAUCCAGCUCUUGGAUGGAAGCUCCAUGGACGUCCAACACAUGGAUACGGCCAUGAACCUCGACGAUGUGGAUGUCGAUCUCUUUGGCGAUUCUGUCAUGGUGGACACCGCCUUGGAUGGCCUGUCUGCCUCGAGGCCCAUGCCCUCCAAACACCUACGCCAACGGCUGGAUGAUCUGAGAACCCAUGGUUGCCAUCAGGCCAUUGCGUGGUCACGACAGGGCACCAUUGCUUCCAUCACCAAGGAUGGCCGCUCCGUCGAGUUUCGCUUCCUGAGGUGCCGUCCAGAGGAUGCCGGCUGGGAGUUGAGCGAACCAUACGUCUAUAGUACUGCCGUUAUCCCUAUGCAUACUACGGCUGGUCCUAUAGUUCAUCUGGCCUGGUCCAACACACAGGCUCCCGAGCUCGCCGUCGUUGACGCUGUCGGACGCAUCACGAUUCUCAACCUCACCAUUAUGCUCAACCGCCCCUUUAUAACCCGGAAGUGGGAUGCUGACUCCGUUGACGACCUUCGUGCCGUGGUCGGUUGCUACUGGCUCCCUGUAUUCAACCCAAGACCGUUCAACGCUCUGUACGGAUCUGCAGUAUGGGUGCAGCCCGAAGAUGCCAAAGCCCUGGGCGAUGGGCUGUACAAGUAUGAGGUUUCGUACGCAAUGACUACGGGCCCUCAUCAUCCCAAUACCAACAGAAAUGCCUUGAUCUCCAUCACCACAAACGGUCUUCUCCGACUGGUGUUCCAGAACAACAACGGUCGCGUCGAAGAAACUGCCAUUGAGCUAGAGAGCAUCACUUCCUCGGACGAUCUAAUUACCCAUGCCGCUCUUUGCAACGACAGGAACACUCUCCUGAUCGCCCUUGCUACGGCCUCCAAGCAACUGCGGAUUGUCACAGCCAUGAUCUCAUGGGGAAAUGACAAGGCUUCCGAGAAGCAGUCACAUCCACAAAACGCGAAUUUGACGCCAUCUCUGCUAGAGCACCAUGUGGCCGUCGCACCCUGGCUCCAACACGAUUCAAACGAUCCAGUGCUGGACGAAUCCAUGUCUCAGCUGUCCCAUAUUGAAUUCCUCCCGUCUAUUCCCAAAGACAAGAACUUACAGGCACAUUAUAACCCCGUCGUUCUCACGGUACGCUCUCACUUGCCAGCUGAAGGGGCUUCUCUGUACGAGCAAGAGCCUACCAGUGUUAUCGAUCGGUGGGAAGUCGUGAGCGAGCAGCCACAGACUCUACACCCGGCCUUUGCCCAACUGAACACCGGAAACAUUACGACAAAUCCCAACCCCAUGACCCGCCUACGUAAACUGGACUCGGUUGUGAUACCCAAAAUUGUGGUUUCUGUUCAGGUCAUGUAUCUAGGCAAGGUAGUAUGCUUUGCCUUCAGCGAUGGCACCAUCCAGUAUCGCGACAGGGUUACCAUGAUGGAGAUGUUCAACGAGCAUAUUGUUCAUCGUGUCCUCAGCCCGCAUGACGUAGGGUUCCAAUACACCAACGAUACACCAUGUCUUCAGGUUGCCUUCUCGCCUACUAACUGCUCUUACGUUCAAAUAUCCGAUGACUGGGAUAUCAAAUGGAAUAGCAUGCGAUACACAUUAGCAGACCCCAGUACUGCGUUACAAGACGCCCAGCAAAGCGCCGUAAUGGCAGCCUUGAUUCUUGCUUUAUCCUCAACCGUCACUGCAUCCAACAACUUUGAUGAUAUCCUGGCGAUGGCCCGUCCCUUCAAUGAGAAUCCACAGUUUGCGGCUUCUUGGGUCAGAGGUACAGUCAACCUUCUCAAGAUGAAUUUUGACUUUUCCGACGAGGCUCUUAAUGACUCACUGAUUCGGAACCCCUUCUUGCAAAUGUGUCUUAGCAUCCUCAGUCACAUGAGCUUCCGUGGCGAGUUCCGGCCUAGGUCCUAUGAAGGAAAGCUAUCUUUCCUCAUACUCCAGGUCCGGAACUUUAUCGUCCUCGUGAGCCUCUCGCUUAACGCUCCCAAGAGUCUGGGGACCAGUCCACUAGACGAGUCAGAGGUCGUCGAAGUCUUGGUCGGCUGCGUCACAUGGGCGCAUACUCUGAUGGGGUGGGUGGUCGAUUGCCUCUUCGACCUCGCCGAUGACCCAGCCUUCAUGAGCAUCUUGAACGAGCAAAAAAGGUUUCCCGACCUGGCCAACUUCCUCAAGGCUCGCGGUGAUGUCUCCCUACAUCUCCUCUGCUGUUCCUCAGCCCGCGGCUUAAUCACCGCCGCCUGCCGCAGACUAGCCCAUCUCGAAGGCAUGAGCUUCCGCGCCGUUCGCUACUGGGAAGCAAGCCGCCUUAAGACCGAAAACAACGACGGUAGCGGCGGUGGCAAAGUCCUCCCCGACAGCCUCUACUUCGCCUACCAAAAGAUGCAACAUUCCGCCCAAGCGUGUCUGAUCAAAGUUCAGGAAUUUGAAAAGAUCCUGCAGGGUUUCGCCCAGGACGUACGCACAGCCUACCAAACGAGCCUCUCCCGGCGCCAAUCUGGUAGCCAACAACCACCCCAACAACAUCCAUCGCCGCAACAAAACAAGAAUCAACAGCCCCAGAACGCAGAAGACCAGUUCAUCAAGAAAGCCCAAGCCCACUGCGAACUCGACAUGCUCCUAGGCGCUAACCCCCCGCCUUGCUUCCGCGAGGUUCUCCUCAAGUUCUUCACACAAACCCUGCCUGUGCUCAAGAGCCACGUCGACCCGGCUAAGCUGUACUUUGCCAACUAUGAGAUUCUUGAUAUCGAAGAAAACCCGAGGAUUUUGGCGGCGAGAAAGGCUAGGCGUAAGUAUAUUGACGUUUUCACAAGGCGGGAGAUUACUUUCCCUACUACUUCGUCAGGGGAUGCCGCCCGUGGCGGUGGGGGCAGUGGUGGCGUUGGUGGUGAAGAGGACGUCAAACGGGGAGGUGCCGUUGGUGCUGGAGAAGGCCAAACACCGAAUCAAAAUACCCUGGCACUAGGCGGCGGCGGGAUCUCCAUAAAGAUUGAGCUCGGCGCUGCUGGAUCUACGCCCAACCUUAAGGGCGGGAUAUCUACCCCCGGCGGGCGGUGGUGGUAG